GCAGAAAAGCUUCGGAGGCCCCGGAGAGCUCUGGGUUUGUAAACACCUCCUUUCCGACGGGCCUCGAAGAAAGGCUGGGCCCCGCGGUUGAGCAGCGGCCGGGCCGGACGAGAAGACGGGACGUCGCCGAGCCCAGCGGUAUUGCUGACUUGGCCAGCUUAAAGGAGCCUCCAUUCUUGAAAAGCCCAGCAUGGAUUCUCCUGUGGUCCUAGAUAAAGGCUCCCAGUUUUCCUCCCUUGAGCCUGAUGAUCCGGUCCCAGUAAAGAAGUUUUAUCAGGGUGAACCUGUGGCCCUGGGGAUUACACAGAUAUUAACAGGAAUCAUAGGAAUAGUUUUUGGAAUCCUGUUCAACUUUAUUGAUCAUGGUGAUUCUACUUACUUCCUGCUUAUAAAGAUACCCUAUUGGGGUGGAAUCUUGCACAUUAUUUCUGGAUCCUUAACUGUGGCAGCUGCUCGGAAUCCCAAGAUCCCUCUGGUGAAAGGUAUGCUGGCAAUGAAUGCAAUAAGUGCCAUUACAGCUGGCCUUGGCAUCGUAUUCCUGUCUUUCUCAGUCAGCCCCUUGCUUCCAUUUAAUUUUGGCAACAACUGCAACUAUCAUCAUUACGACACUAAGGAAAAAUGUGAUGAAAUCCAGGUAUGCCUUUUUAUAUGCUUGUUGUGACCUUCCACAGAACCCCAUCAGUUUCAACAGGACCAGAGAAGAAGGAGGAGGGAGCUCAUGGUGUUCUCUAGGUGGAGGCAUAACAUUUUGGAGUUUGUGGUGUCAAAAAUCAAUCCCAAAGAGAUUUAGCCAUAGAAAGGAAUGGCAGGAAUGUUGCCUUUUAGAGGUUGUCUCUUCUGGGGGGUUUUCCCUCCCAAUCCUUUCAAAGCAGCUGCAAUCAGCACAUCUGCAGGGCAUAACCAAGAAUUCAAGGUGGCAGCAGUAAGAGAGCAAUUAAUGUUUUGCCAGAAUUUUAU